AACAUGUUUACAAAUUUUCUUCUUAAAUUUUUAUUUGUGUCAUCAAUUUUUCAUGCUCUGAUUCUCUGAAGCAUGUGCCUGUCUAUGAUCAACAAGGAUAUACCUCAAAAACUAAAUAAUUCUAGAGAGAAAGAAUCGAAAAGAAAGAACGAGAUAGGAGGCGAGAGGUUGAGAAGAAUAUUCCUUGUGAAGCAAGCCUUUUGUUUUAGUCAUCAUGGCAAUGCUUAAGCGCACGAUUAGCAUCGUAAGAACCGGAGGAGGUCUGAGUUAUCGUUCACUUUCUUCCGGGAACCAUGUCGACACAUUAAGAAUGGUUAAGGCUCUAGAGGCUAUCAACGUACCCUCGACACAAGCGGAGGCAUUAACCGGCGCCUUUACCGGUGGCUUGGAGUCGGUGAUGGAGAAAGUGAAAGCUGACAUCGCCAAAUCCGAGGAGUAUCAAUCAACUCGUGUUGCAGAAGAGGUUAGAAAACUGCGAGCCGAUAUUGAUAAGAUGCGAGCGGAUAUUGCUACAUUGCAAGCCGAGCAGAGGUGUGAUCAUCAUAUCCAAUUAGUACACAAAGUUGAGCAGGGUUUUAAUGAGUUGAAAGAUGAGUUCGAAGAAACAAAAUAUGAGGUCCUGAAGUAUGCUAUAGGGACACUGGUCGCUGUAUCAGCAGCUGAAGCUGUCAUGAUUUACUUGAUGAUAGUAGACACGUGAUCGGAUCUUUGGAAGGAAUUGAAAAAGUUCUGAGCGACGAAAAUCCACUGACUCAAACAUAUCCGCAACUAGACUGACUCGUAGACUUUUUUUGGUUUUGUGCUUUUUUCAUUGACAUUGGUUUUAUGCUUUUGCAAAAGUAACUUUUCCUCUUCCAUUAUUAAUAACUCGUAUGCCUCCAG